AUGACUGAAGAGAAGCGUUUUGCGCCCAAGGUGGCUGUUCAGCUCGAUCCCCCCAAGGAUGAUCCCAUUUCCCUUGAGGAGCUGGCUAAAUGUGACGGUACAUCUCACCUCCGCAUGGCGCAUGGCGCAUGCAUGCCACAAUUGCUAACUGCCCCAGGCUCCGAUCCCAGCCGCCCAACUCUGGUCGCGAUCAAGGGUGUCGUGUUCGACGUGACUCGGAACUCAGCAUACGGAGCACAGGGUCAAUACCGAGUAUUCGCCGGCAAGGACCCCUCUCGCGCCCUCGCAUGCUCCUCCCUGAAGCCUGAAAACUGCGUCCCGGAAUGGUACGAUCUCGACGAGAAGGAGAAGACUACGUUGAAUGAAUGGUUCACUUUCUUCAGCAAGCGGUAUAACAUUGUCGGCAAGGUCGAGGGUGCAACCAACACUUGA